GAGGUCAUGUGCGGGAUGGGGAUGUCAGCGGCCAUCACUCAAAGCGAAGUCAUUGUUGGCUCGCCUGGAAGCUUCGAAUGGCAAGGAAACGUCCAAGUCUCCUGGAUGAACCCUGACGAUGAGUUUGACACCAAGAAGAGCUCCUUCUCCAACCAGAAGCACAGGAACAUCUACAUCGGAUAUUCUGUCGCUCAGGCUCCUCGCCUUCUCUCUGAGGAUGAUGAAACCAUCGUAACAGGAGCUCCUCGGGACCGUAUGGAAGACGCUCAUGGCUCGGUGCUGCUGGCCGUCAAGCGCUCUGAUAAACUGAUGAUUCGCCAGAAGCUGCGCGGUCAACAGAUGGGCUCGUAUUUUGGGAACGCCUUGGCAGUUACUGACCUCAAUAAUGACGGGUGGAACGACCUGCUGGUGGGCGCUCCUUUUUAUUUCCACCGUCAGACGGAGGUGGGCGGGGCAGUUUAUGUCUACGUGAACGUAGGAGGGAGGUUCAAUUCUGAGCCCAGCGUAGUGCUGAAGGGGCCGGCAGGGUCGGCAUUCGGCAUGGCUGUGGCCGCUGCAGGAGACCUCAACCAGGAUAGCUUCCAGGACUUUGCCAUCGGAGCUCCUUUUCAUGAAGCAGGAAGUGUGAUGAUCUGGACAGGAAGCAGUGAGGGCAUCUCUACAGAGCCGAGCCAGGUGAUCCGAGGCAGCACGGUCUCCCCUGUUUUCGGGACUUUUGGCUACUCCCUUUCUGCAGGCGGGGAUGUUGAUGGGAACUAUUACCCGGACCUGCUGGUUGGUUCUCUCGAUGAUACCGUUGUUCUGUUCAGGAGUCGACCGGUCAUCCAUUUAAAUAAAACACUCAAAGUUUCUCCGACCAUCGUGGACCCAAACAGCUGUGACUUCUGUAUACAGGUGGAAGUGUGUUUCUUCUACAUGUUCAACAGGGGAGAGAAGAGCGACAGAGACAACAUCACCAUCCUCUUCACGCUGAAAGCUGACAUCACUAGUGUCAAGCCCCGCCUCAAUUUUCAUGACAACGGGCAGAGCGUGUACUCUGAUUACCUGUCGAUGCCGCUGGAGGAGUGCAGGACGCUGAGAGUGGGACUGCAGAGUGUAAUCAGAGACAAAGUGGAGCCUCUGGUGUUCUCCUUGAAUGCCUCCUUGUACGAGAAGUUUCCCAAGAAAAAGAAGAACGUGCAGGACCUGAAACGCCUCCCGGUGCUGAGUGAGACCCCCCAACCCAUCAGAACCCAGAUCCACAUCCAGAAGGACUGUGGUUCUGAUAACCGCUGCCACAGCAACCUGCAGAUGACAGCUCGGUUCACCGAUGAGAGCCAGAAAGCUUUCCCCGAGCUUGAGGGUACUCAGGUGAUGUACUUCAACUCCACCAUCAAGAGGCUGUUUCUGGAGGUUAACAUCAGCAAUACACCAUCAACAGGUCAACCAGCAGAGGAUGCUCACAACACCAUUCUGAGCAUCAGCAUCCCACCAUCACUUAUCUACUCUGGAGUAGAGACAAAGGGUGAUGCCUCGGCAGUGGUGGAGUGCUCUGUGGAGGGGACCUCUCUUCAGUGUGAGCUCGGGAACCCUUUCAGAAGCAACAACAAGGUUCAGGUUCUGAUCAAAUUUCAGCCAUCUGAGAUCAGUUUGGACACACGCGAGAUCCAGUCUGUGCUGCAGCUAUCCACGCUCAGUGAACAGCCGGAUCUGUCCCCAAUCUCCGUCUUCAUGGUGGUGGAGUAUUUGCUGCAGACAUCACUCAGUUUAAUUUCAACGUCAGGCCCCACCUCCUUCAGUGGUCAUGUGAUCGGUGAGGUGGCCAUGAAGAAGACAGAGGACAUCGGCAGCCUGCUGGUCUUGACCUUCCAGGUGCAUGUCCAGGGAAAGCCGCUGGGCCACCUGGGCACCCUGGAGGUGGAGUUUGAUUGGCCAAUGGAAGCCACCAAUGGGAAGUGGCUGCUGUACCUCACAGAGAUCCAAAUAAACGGUACUUCAGAGCCUCGCUGCUCUCCACCCGGCAACAUCAUUAAUCCUCUCAACCUCACGCUGUCAAAAGAGGAGAAGAAGAAGAUGAAGAGGAAUCUGGAUGAAGUAAACGAGGAAGAGGAGCAGACUGACAGAACUCCAACUGUCCUCCAUCUUCAGAGAAAGAAGAAGCGCUACAGUCUGGACUGUGUCCGCGGAGCGAGGUGCGUGAAGUUCGUCUGUCCUCUCGUCAGCAUGAACAACUCGGCGACUCUGACCAUCAAAGCCCGACUGUGGAACUCCACCAUGAUCGAGGACUACAGCGAUGCGAGCAGUGUCUUGGUUCAAGGUCAGGCAUCUCUGAAGCUGCAGACCAACAAACCCACCGUGAACAUGGAGUCUCACAGCUCGCAGAUUGAGGUCUACAUCUAUCCAGAUCUGGGGCUACAGGUGGACUCUGGCGCCCCCCUAUGGAUCAUCAUGUUGUCUGCCCUGGCAGGUGUCCUGCUGCUGGCUCUCAUCUGUCUGCUGCUCUGGAAGUGUGGGUUCUUCAGGAGAGCCAGCACCAGGGAGCUGUACCAGGCAAAGACCCAGAAGGCCCAGAUGAAGAGCCAGCCAUCUGAGAACGACAGGCUGACCGAGGAGCUCUGAGGCUGGGGCACCGCAGCCAGAGAGCCCGGCUUGUGGGUUCUUUCUGCGUCAGGGGGUGUGGCGGGCGGUGGCGCUCCAUCAGGGGAGGAUUAUGGGUAAAGACGACCUACAACAGCAGCACAUGGAUGCUGACGGAUUCCUGAUCCAGGACCAAGUCUCCUCAUGUCGAAACAGGAAGUCCCCGAAACACUGGGUCACUUCUUGGACUGAGACUCACUGAGAGACUCUCAGCGUCUGAAAAAAUAAACCAGACCAGACCAAACUGGACUAGGCCAAAACAAACCAGUUCUAACUGGACCAACACACUGCCAGUGUGAGUCUGCUGUCAUGUGAAAACCUCGUAAUGUGUUUACGUUCAUAUUGUAGACGGAGAUGUGAGGUUUCCAGCUGACAGCAAGCACAGACGAUUGAUUAUAGAUGAUUGGUUAUUGAUCUGUGUGUAUAUGUGUACAUCUCUUAGCCAUGGAUUGAUUGGAAACAGAUUGGUGUUUUCCUUUAAAGGGCUGGAAUCAAAAUGAGGGGACUGCUCCUUUAAUAUGGCAGCAGUCGUGUCUUUGUGCUGCCUUCAAGGACCCCCAUAAAAUCUCCUUUGAGAAAGCUGUUAGUAAAACCAUCCCGGUUGCCUUUAGGUGCGGUCGGCUCUUCUGUGAAACUGUUUGGUGUCUCGUGUACUUUUACAGGCUGU